AUGAAAUGCUUCCUGUGCGACAGCGAGGUGCUCCCCACACUGAACACAUUCAUCGUGCUGGACAUAGUCCUAGAGAUGUUGAAAGGGAGUGGCCGUGGGGGGAUAAAAUCGAAAGGAGGAAAGAAGAAGAAAAAAAAGGCGCUCUACUUAACGAACAGAAUUAUGAUGGAGAAGUUCCCCCCCAAUUUUGACUUCAUCUUGGGAUUCAUAAAUGGGACGCUGCGUCAGCAGGGAGGGAAGCUCCAUCAGGAAGCGGAGAAUCUGCCACAUGGGGCAGAGCUGUGCGACGUAGGGGAAGAGGCUGAACAACACGAACCAGAUGAAGGGAGAAACUCCUUUCGGCACCCCACCCAGUGGAGCAUCCACACAGUAAAAGACAUUAAAAAGGGGACAGUCGACAGAGGGACUCAUUUCGAGCUCCCCCCAAUGAAGGAACCUCUCAGCUUGGACAAAUUUAAGCGGCUUCUGAAAGGCAUACACAUAAAGUAUAUCGAAAAAGAGGAGCACCAGGGGGAGGAAGAGAAGCAGAACGGGCAGCAGAAGGAGAAGAGCCUCACCGAAGCACUAUACAAUCUGAAUGAGCAGAAAGAAUACAACCUGGUGAUUGUCAACUUGGCCUUCCUUUUCGUCAAGGAUAAAAAAAGAAUAAAUAUAUAUGCUGAAAAUGUCUCUAUGCAUUAUAUGGAUGGGAAGACAAAGCAUAGUUGCGCCGAUAGCCUCAACAACACGAACGAGAUCCUCUUCUCACCUCCGAAUAGAAAUCAUUUUCCAAGUAUGCUCAUGGAGAAGGAGAUAUAUGACGUGCCCUUCUUUAAAAACAUCCUCAGUUUUCACUUCUGCUACUCCUUUUUGGUCAAUUUUGACGAACACUUAAACCACGAUCGGGUGGCUAUUCCCAUCGGCAAUUCGAUCGAUUCGAAGGUGACGGGACCAUAUAAGGAUGCGCAGCGUUCUCCAAAUAGAGACUGCUCUUAUGCUACAGGUAGGGGCGAACUCUCCAGAGGGAGAAGAAAUACUUACCGCGCGCGUGGAAGGGCCCAUCAUCGGGAUGCUGAACGAACGGACAGAUUUCCCAAAAAUGAUCAGCGCACUAUUGCAACGCGAUUGAAUCAUAACUUCUUCGAAAGACAUUCCGUGAGGAGGAAGCGAAAAUUGGGGGAGAUUGAACGGGGUGAUUUGAUCAGUGGGGGCUACUCCGGUGCGUCGCCUCGUGACAGGGAGAGAGGCACCCCUGAGGAGGGAAGCAGAGCUGAUGUCGCUGCUCCGAGGGACGACUCAGACGGGGAACGGCACACCGGGGGGGAACACCGCGAUCCACACCACCUGCGCAAUUUAUCCGAUUUAUCCGGCCUGUCCAACGACGAUCCCCGCCGCGAAAAUAUCACGAUGAGUGGCAGCGCAUAUGGAGAGGAUUUCCUCACCCCGCGGAAGAGAAAGAAAAAAAAAGGAAACAAAAAACAUCUGUACACCUUUGACGUACUCCCCAAAUCGGAUCAGUAUAAAAGAAUGUACCUCAAUAUGUUAUCCCUCUACUGCGACUGCGUGUGUUUGAUCUCCUGA